UCCAUCUCUCUGCCUUUAGGACCUCACAGCCUGGACGGUUUAGUUAAACUUGGGAAAACGACGCAAGUGGCACAUGUUCUGUCCGUUUAUUUGGGGCAGGCGAAUGAAUUAAAAGUAUGAUUUUGAAGGAAUAAAACACCCAAACCUUUUGCCUGAUAGUUAAAGGGAUUUAUUGCUUUAUCAAACAGUUCCUGGUGGAAGAGAAGAUCUAAAGUCGUAGCUAUGGAUCUAGAACGACAGAAGCGUAAAGAAGAAAUUCAGAAAGCUUUGGGAUUCAUUCAGUCAUCUCUGCCUUUCCCUGAACCUGAGGGUUAUGAGGCAUUCUUGACUCAGCUAGUAUGUAAUUUGCUGGAUGAAGGUAACGCAGUGUAUCGUGAUGGAGAGUGGAGACCGGCAGCAGUCCAUUACAGCGAGGGUGUGAAUGUAGCUCGCUAUGCUCAGUCUGAAGCACUGGUCAUUCCCCCUGAGCUGUUAGAGAGCCUUUAUGUGAACCGGGCAGCUGCACAGUAUAGUCUGGGGGAGUAUGAGCGGGGCGUGCAGGACUGUGAUAGCGCACUGUGUGUGUCGGAGGGCAGUCGCAGGGCACUCUACAGGAAGGCACUCUGUCUGAGGGAGCUGGGCAGAUUCAGAGAAGCUUAUGAGUGUGGCACCGGAUGCCUAUUAACUGCCCCUCACGACCGGCAAGUCAGUGAGCUUGCUCAGGAUCUAGCUAACAAACUUGGUUUGAAAAUCCGCAAAGCAUACGUCAGCCCUCAGCUCGAUUCUACAACAUCUGUGACCGACAGCAAUGGAGAAACUAAUUCUCCUACAGGGGAGACCUCCUCAAAUGGUCUUGAGUCUUUGACUGAUAUUGGAUCAGAUUUAACAAGUGCCCAGUGCAUCCCUGCUCCUCUGGCUACACCAAUCCCAGUAAGUGAUGACCCACAGAUGCCGUCACUGAGCCCAGUUGUGCCCCAAGAUAUGCCAGAAAGCCCAAGUCAGGAGCCAUCGGGGCGGGUGCCGUACUCUGUGCCUGUAUCUGAACACAUGGGUGAAUGUGUGAUGAAUGAGGACACCUCAUGUCUGGACACCUUGCUGGAAAGUAUUCCCAAAGGAGCUGAGGUCAGCGUGAACCCAGUUCAAGGGGCCAUUCCCACUAACCUACCAAACACUGCUGUGGGUUUGAGGCCUCCGUACUCUCCAGGUCUCCCAGCAUCCUCCGCUCAGCUCACGACUCAAUAUUUCAACUCUGCUGUCAGUCCGCUCCCCCCACUGGAGUCCUCCUCAGUUCUAGGUCAAAGCGAAGCCUCUUCCCAGACGACGGACUCCCUCGGCUCCUUUAGCUCUGGAGCUGGAGACGCUGCUGGGAAGGGGGGGUCUGGAUCACUAAUCACAGGAGGACUGGAUUCCCUUUCUGAGUACACACUUCCUGGUGGACGAAUGUCUCACAGUUUCAUCCCCAGUUUGCGGAAUCAUAAUGCCUCCAAUGCACAGAAUGGACCAGUUGGUACCAAUCUUUCUCUGCUGUCACGAAACCCUCUGGCUGCCACACAUGAGUUCAGACAGGCCUGCAAUGCUUGCUACAGUCGCAUAGGGCCACGGGUGAUGGACUACCAUUAUCAACCUGAUGCAGCGCAUCGCUGUAAGAGAGAUGUGCUGCUCUGUCGCCUCAAAUCCUCAGAUGACCCCACCUGGAAGAGGGUGCGACCCCGUCCUGCUCGUAAUAACUUCCUUGGGGCCUUUGUUCUCUGCAAAGAGGUACAAGAGCGUCAGGAGUGCCAGUAUGGUGAAAACUGCACUUUUGCCUAUUGCCAAGAGGAGAUAGAUGUUUGGACACAAGAGAGGAAGGGAGCUCUAAGUCGUGAGCUUCUGUUUGACCCUCUGGGCACCAAUGAACGACGGGCCCUCAGUGUCACCCGUCUCCUUCAGCUCCAUAUGGGCAUGUUUAUGUUCCUCUGUGAGGAAUGUUUUGACAGUAAGCCUCGUAUCAUUAGCAAGAGAAGCAAGGAGAAUCUCGCUGUGUGUUCCAACCUCACUGCACGACAUCCCUUUGAUGAUAACAAGUGCCUGGUGCAUGUGGUUCGCUCAGCAAACGUGCGCUACAGUAAAGUACGCCCUCUUCACCCACUCUGCCAGUUUGACGUGUGCCGCCAUGAGGUGCGAUAUGGCUGCCAGCGAGAGGACAGUUGCUCCUUUGCACAUUCAGUCAUAGAACUCAAGUGUUGGGUGCUUCAGCAGGACACAGGUAUUACCCAUGAGGAGAUGGUGCAAGAGUCUAAGAGACACUGGCACAGAUUGGAACAGAAUGCACAGAGACAGAAGCCCAUGCUCGGGCCCCACCAGCCCAGCGGGAGCAGCAGUAACAGCAGUGCUGUGGUCUCCGGAGGAGUUGUCAGUGGAGGAGGAGACGGCGGCUUCGGGGGCGGAAGCACAGGAGGAGGUGGAGGAGGAUUUGUAGGAUGCGGUCGAGGGCGCGGCUUGAAUCUGAAGAUGAAGUUUGUGUGUGGACAGUGUUGGAGGGAGGGCCAGGUCAAUGAGCCAGACAAGUCUCUGAAGUACUGCACUGCCAAAGCCAGGCACAGCUGGACAAAAGAGCGCAGAGUGUUGCUAGUGAAAUCAUUUGAGAAGAAAAAGUGGGUGGUAGUGCGACCGCUGCCUUUUUCCCGUACCUACCCCCAACAAUAUGAUAUGUGUGUUCAUGUCAUGAAACAGAAGAAGUGCCACUAUAUUGGGAACUGUUCUUUUGCACACAGUUUGGAGGAGCGGGAUGUGUGGACCUAUAUGAAAAACAACAGCUUGAGAGACAUGCAGCAGAUGUACGAGAUGUGGCUUUCACUGACCAAUCAGAACCGGCGUGCAGACAGCAACUUAAUGACUUCACCCUCAGAGGAAAAACAGAUCGCCAUGCCAACUGACUAUUCUGAGUCAAUGGUUGGGCGACGGAUGUCUGGUGGUGGAGGGGAUCUGUGACCUGGGCCUGAAAGUGUGUGGUUACAGGCGGUCUGGAUGAGUCUUCCUGUUCAGAUGUCAGCUUCUAAGGCCCUUUCCCACUUUUUCAGUGCCACUCUGGGAAGUACCAGGCUCUGAUGCCCUUCAGGGCAGAGCGCCUGACUAUAGGACUAACACAGUGAUUGUUGCCACAUACACACACCCCACAUGCUUUUUCACCCAUUAUCAAACACAUUCGCCCACUCACUGACAUGACACUUGGUACAGGCUCAUAGGGUGUCAUGUGAGUGCACGAUGCUACUUUUACAGCUAACUCAAGUAAGGGCAGUUUGUUUUUACGUUCCCUAAACACAUUUCUGAGGAGUUGAAGAUCUAUUCCCACAGUACUUUUUAAACUCAAAACCAAAAACAGACUGGUUGUCCCAGUAUUAAAUCAAAGCACCUGUCAUGAAGGCUACUCAUGUUUCAGUCAAGUAUGUGGUGUCAGAUAUCAGAUUGAAGUUAUGAAGUGGUGCUUAACUCUGUGGUCCUGCCAUAUUGGUAGAAGAGUUUGAAUGUACAGCCAUAAGUGGCCAUUUACGAGAAAUUUGAGAUUUGUUCGGAUGUCGAAUGUAUUUGAUAAACCAAGGCAAUUAAUAAUGGACUAACUAAGUAAAAACCACCCCCACUUUGCAUAAUGCCAGUCACAGGUCUUGCACUGACACGCACACAUUUCCUCAUUGUUUCCAUUUGCACUGAGUGACAGUUUGGCAGUGCUUGAUAAAGAAGAUAGUGCGCACACAAGGGCUGUUUGUAGUCUUGAGUGAUCUGACAAUUUGGAUUGAAAAUACACUUGGUAUUAAUUUUUUUUUUCUUUGAUCGAGUGAUUGGAGGUUGGAAGAUGCUUCCGUGUUUGUUCAUUCACGCUAUUAGAUUGGGAUUUGAAGUGCAUAAUCUAACACC